AGCGUGUAAUUUUCAAUUUCAACUUAAUUCUUCUGUGUGACACUGUGUGUUUGUUUGUGUGUCAGUGUGUGUUUAGAGAGAAUUGAAGUUACGAGAGAUGACGAUCGGAAUAAUGGAGGUGGAUCUGGUGGAUGCUCAUGGUCUCAGCAAAUCCGAUUUCUUCAACAAAAUUGACCCAUAUGUGGUGAUCCAAUACAGGAGUCAAGAGCACAAGAGCACCGUUGCCAAAGGGGAGGGCAAGAACCCAAAUUGGAACGAAAAGUUCACAUUCCGUGUGGAAUAUCCAGGAGCAGACGAACAACCUAAGCUUGUUCUCAAGAUCAUGGACCACGACACCUUGUCAUCCGACGACUACCUCGGACAAACAACGAUCUACUUGAAAGAUUUAUUGGAGCUAGGAGUGGAGAAUGGAACUGCAGAGUUACGCGCUCAAAAGUAUAGCGUUGUGGAUAGUAGCCAAAGCUACGCUGGAGAUGUUCGAGUGGGCAUCACUUUCACCCCGAAGGUGGAAGAUGAAACUUAUGGACAAGAAUUUGGAGGAUGGAAAGAGAACCAGUGGUAGUUAGUGUAUGUUUAAUGCUUAAAUUUGUUUAUGGAUGGAAAUGGUGAUGCUUGAAAUGUUGGUUGCUUUUAGUGGUCAUAAACCUGUUAAAAGAGUCUGUUGGUAGUUACAGUUAGUUAUGUUAGUUGGUAAUGGUUAAGAGGUUUCUCUACCUGUAUGUUUCUUC